AGCCGCAGUUCUGCUGGACGCCUACCAGUUUUGCCAGCGCGGCAGCGGCGGAUCUCUCGGUUCCAACCAGUGGGUCCUGUGGGGGAGAGCUGAGGCGGAGAAAGGGCGCGGAACUAGAAAAGGGUGAGUCAGGCCCUGCCUACGCGAUAAAGAGAGGCAGCACUGCGGUGUAGAGCUGAGUGCGGCCCCUGCUGCUUUCUAUACAGGGACGCCGCGAUCUUAGCGCCAGCGAGAGGAGGGUGAGGAGGAGCCAGAGCCGGGUCCUGGCCCCGUUCUCGCCUCUAACAGCCCGCCGCCAUCGCCACCAUGCAGUCCCGGGAAGAAGCUCCGCGCUCUCGCCGCCUCGCCAGUCCCCGUGGAGGGAGGCGUCCCAAAAGGAUUUCCAAGCCUUCGGUUUCGGCUUUUUUCACGGGCCCGGAGGAGCUGAAGGACACGGCCCAUUCUGCAGCUUUGCUGGCACAGCUCAAGUCCUUCUACGACGCGCGGCUGCUUUGCGAUGUGACCAUCGAGGUGGUGACACCUGGCAGCGGGCCUGGCACCGGCCGCCUUUUUUCCUGCAACCGUAAUGUGCUGGCUGCCGCCUGUCCCUACUUCAAGAGCAUGUUCACCGGCGGCAUGUACGAGAGCCAGCAGGCGAGCGUGACCAUGCACGACGUGGAUGCCGAGUCCUUCGAGGUGUUGGUCGACUACUGCUACACGGGUCGCGUAUCGCUAAGUGAAGCCAAUGUCCAGCGCCUUUACGCGGCCUCUGACAUGCUACAGCUCGAGUACGUACGGGAAGCCUGUGCCUCCUUCCUAGCCCGCCGCCUUGAUCUGGCCAACUGCACUGCUAUCCUCAAGUUCGCUGACGCCUUCGACCACCACAAGCUGCGGUCACAGGCUCAGUCCUUCAUAGCCCACAACUUCAAGCAGCUCAGCCGCAUGGGUUCAGUUCGGGAGGAGACUCUGGCAGAUCUGACCCUGGCCCAGCUGCUGGCAGUCCUGCGCCUGGAUAGUCUCGAUAUCGAGAGCGAGCGGACAGUGUGUCACGUGGCUGUGCAGUGGUUGGAGGCCACCCCCAAGGAGCGGGGUCCCAGUGCAGCAGAAGUCUUCAAGUGUGUCCGCUGGGCGCACUUCACUGAUGAAGAUCGAGAUUACCUGGAAGGGCUGCUGACCAAGCCCAUUGUGAAGAAGCACUGCCUGGACCUUAUUGAGGGUGCCCUGCAAAUGCGAUAUGGUGACAUGUUACACAAGUCUCCGGCGCCAAAGCCAGAGAGCAGCAGCGGCUCUGUUGUUCCUGCAGCAGAAAACCCGCCCCAGAGGCUGGGUAUGUGUGCCAAGGAGAUGGUGAUCUUCUUUGGGCAUCCCAGAGAUCCCUUUCUCUGCUAUGACCCAUACUCAGGCGACAUCUACACAAUGCCAUCACCUUUGACCAGCCUGGCUCACACAAAGGCUAUCACUUCCUCAGCUGUCUGUCUCUCUCCAGACCAUGACAUCUAUCUAGCUGCCCAGCCCAGGAAAGACCUCUGGGUGUAUAAAGCAGCCCAGAAUAGUUGGCAGCAGCUUGCAGAUCGCUUGUUCUGCCGUGAGGGCAUGGAUGUGGCAUACCUCAAUGGCUACAUUUACAUUUUGGGUGGGCGAGACCCUAUUACUGGAGUGAAAUUGAAGGAAGUGGAAUGCUACAGCAUUCAGAGGAACCAGUGGGCACUGGUGGCUCCUGUACCCCAUUCUUUCUAUUCCUUUGAACUAAUAGUGGUUCAGAACUAUCUUUAUGCUGUGAACAGUAAGCGCAUGCUCUGCUAUGAUCCUAGCCACAAUAUGUGGUUGAACUGUGCUUCUCUCAAACGUAGUGACUUUCAGGAAGCCUGUGUCUUCAACGAUGAGAUCUAUUGUAUCUGUGACAUCCCAGUCAUGAAGGUCUAUAACCCAGCCAGGGGAGAGUGGAGGAGGAUUAGUAAUAUUCCUUUGGAUUCAGAGACCCACAACUACCAGAUUGUCAAUCAUGGCCGAAAGUUGCUCCUCAUCACUUCUACCACCCCACAGUGGAAAAAAAACCGGGUAACCGUGUAUGAAUAUGAUACUAGGGAAGACCAGUGGAUCAAUAUAGGUACCAUGUUAGGUCUUUUGCAGUUUGAUUCUGGCUUUAUCUGCCUUUGUGCUCGUGUUUACCCCUCCUGCCUUGAACCUGGCCAGAGUUUCAUCACUGAGGAAGAUGAUGCACGGAGUGAGUCUAGUACUGAAUGGGAUUUAGAUGGAUUCAGUGAGCUGGACUCUGAGUCAGGGAGUUCGAGUUCUUUUUCUGAUGAUGAAGUCUGGGUGCAGGUAGCACCUCAGCGAAAUGCACAGGAUCAGCAGGGUUCUUUAUAAAUAUUUUGAAACACAAAGUUGUUUCUAUUGCUGUGGAAUGUAUAUUUAAAAAGAUAUCCUUCCCUUUUCCUGAAAAAAGCAAAAGUUGCUUAAGACUGUAGAUUUGUCUUAGAAAGGGUAACAUUUGAAUUACUACUGUAAUGCUAUAAAAUUUAAACAGUCUAGGAAUCAACCUAUGUAAUUUACUGUGCUUAAAAGUCAAGAUUAACAUAUGAAAAAAUUUAUCAUGGAAUUGAUUAGAAUGUUUGGUGUUUUCUUUUCAUUGUUGAAGUAUUUGUUGCACCAGUGAAUUGUUUUGAUUAGUUACACUUAAUAUUUUGAUGAUCAAAUUUAAUCUGUUAACUUUUUAAUUUUAUUUAGUGCCAGAAGGAACUUAACUUUUUAAUUUUUAUAAUACAAAAUUAUAUUAGAAAUUGUUGGUAGGGUUUUGAAGGUUUAUAUUUUCCUUCAGAAUAAUGAAAGUAGUAGAUUUCCCAAAGUAUAAGCUAGUCAGUUUUUAGUAUUUUAAAUGUAUAUAGUUUGUUAAAAUUUGGUUUUCUUCCCUUCUGCAAAGGAGAAAAACUGCAUAUGUAUAUAUAUAUGUGUUACUAAAUAGUGAUUUCAUUUUGAUAAUGUGCAGAAUGGUCUUAAGAGCUCACAGUAAGUAAAAAAAAGCAGGAUUCCACUGUUUUAAAAGAAAUUUUACUUUUAAUUUUUUAGAAUAUAAAAUGUGUAUUUGCUAAAUCUGACCAUUUUUCUAUCUUAAAAAUCAUCCGUUGUAGUACUGUCACCAGUUAUUUAAGCACCCUUCUAAACCAAAAAAAACAAACAAACAAACAAGAUAACUUGCUUUGUAAGUUAAUAUUUUUCACCUGUACCUGAUACAUGCUUCAUUGAAUCAGAGGAACAGUCCUUUUUAUACUGGACAUAUGAGGUGAUGUAAAUUUUUACGCAUUGGUCAUGCCUUGUCUUAAAAAGUUUAUAUGCUUUUCUUAAAAUAUUUUGGGUGUAUAGUUUUGGUGUUUGUCUUAAAGGAUUCUUCAGCAGGAAGUGCUUUAUUCUUUACUGUUUUUGUGAGGUAAUUUUGGUUUUAAAAAUAUGUAUAAGAUAAAAACAGUAUUUUAUUGAGGUCAGUAAUUAUUGUGUCUGUUGACUAUAAAAUCAAGUGCCAGAAGAGAACUUUAAAACUUUAAGCUGUGUGUAGAACUGUUUUGUGUAGCAUUGAAAUAUUCUGUCAGUUUUGUAAGUCACUGUAAAUGAUUAUCAGCUUCAAGGUAUUUUUAUAUUAAAAGUUGAACAGUUAAAGAACAUAAAUGGAUGAUGGCAUUUGGGGCCAGUAUGAAAGUAUGAUUCCUUAAAAAUAUUUCCCUAAGCAGUGGUAUACAUGGUUAUUUUAUUAGGGUAUUUUUCUGCAACCUUUAUUCCAGUCUUUGUUCUUUGUUUUUGUAUCACCAUAGUGUAAGGAAAAGUCCAGAAAUAGAGACUAAAUCACACAAAUUGAUACUGUUAAAUACAGGAAGAUAUAGGUGCUUACUUUUCGAGGAUCUCUUACUAUAUAUGAUUGUCACAAUACGUACACAUGAUAAAAUACAUACAAGUGUAUAAAUUUUUCUAUACCCCUUAGAAUGAUCUUGAGUCUUUGUUCAGUAACAUGCUAAUUCCUCUUCUGUGUUUAUUCUCUAGUGACAAAAUGCUGACAUUUCUUACAUCCUGGCAGAUUACUGAGGAGUGCGCUCCAGGAUAGGGGACUGAAUUUUGAAUGAAAAGAGACAGGGAUAGAGAAAAGGAUUUAAAAGCAACCAAACAUACAAAUGUUUUCUUAGCCAUUUUGACUGGUCAUUUGAAGAGCCCACAAGGCAUUCCUGUUUAACGUUAAUUCUAGUGAAAGAUUGUUCCCGUAGCAAUAUGUGUUCCUUCAAAGUAACAGACAGGCUUUAGUGGCCUAAGUCUAGCUUUUGUUCCAUUUGAUGGUCGGGAAUGUUACAAGCACAGCUCUGAACAUAGAAAGCUAUUUCUUAAUAGUGUUCUUUUUUGGCCAACUUUUCUUUACCAGUAACUUCCUGCUAGUAGCUUUUUGUUUUGUAAGGUUGAAAUAAGACAUUACUGAUCACAACCAGAUUAUCCAUUUACAGAAUUAAGAAUUCAGGUAUGCAAUCAAUUGAUAAAAGACAAAUUGUCUUUCUCAACCUCUGAGUUAAGUAUAAGCUAAUAGUAAUAUCUUGGUUUACAACAAGGUUUUCUUGGGAAAGAUUUUGAUUUUGUGAUGUAGUUGUGAAUUAGGUAAUAUACUAACCAUUAUUUUUUAUAGGUAAGUAAUUUAUACAUGGUUAGUUACAAAUAAAACUGGCAGUAGAACCCAGGCCUUCUAAUCUCUUAAUUUAGUGUUUCUGAUAAAUGUGUAGAACCCUUGCUUAUUUAGUGAGUGACACAACUAGCAGUGUUGAAAUCCCUUCUUGACAGGAAAGCACCUUUGUCUCAGUUAACUGGUACAUCUUUUAACAUAUGCUCAAUAUAAUGUCGUUAAGAAUAUAUAAAGGAUAAAAUAAAUUUAGCAAAGCAGUUUAUUUAAUUCGGGUAUAGGAUUAAAUUUUAAUUGUAGUUCCCUUCUCUCUCCUCUGGUAAUGUUUUUUCUGUUUUGUACCUGGAUCCUGUUGAGAAUCUGAUGAAAGCUUUUGACCCAUUCUUCAGAAAAAUGUACAUGUUCAUAUUUUCAUAAUUUCAAGGAUGUUGGGACAUUUCUGAAGUUCAUCUACAGACUCAGGGUAAGAACACUUGUGACAAAGUCCCGAGUACACUUCUACAAAAAGGAAUUUGCAUUUUCAUAAGACAUGGCUCAUAUAUUUGUAAAGGGGGACAAACAUUAUUAUGUCAUUCCUAAAAUAGUGCUAAAGAAAUAAUAUACAUUUACCAUCUGAAAGGGAUGUGAAUAGUAAUGGGCAACUCAUAACAAAGGCAAAGUUGACAUUUCUGAAAUUCAAAUUUCUUCAUGAUGAUUAACAUGAGAAAAGUAACUAAAUGUAAAUGAUUUAAAGAAAUGAGUCAACUGAGCUAAUGUAUCUGAAGGCUUAUUUGAAACUUGAAGUGUUAUAUGUGAUAUUGUUGUUUAGGAAGCCUGUUAGAAAUACAAAGCAAAAUAGAGGUUCCAGGUGUUUGAAACUGCAGACAUCUGUUUAUUAGACAUAUAUCUAAGUAGCAAGAGUUGUUUUAUAAUGAGCAAUAGCAGUUCAUUGGAAGAGGUCAUCUACCCAUAAACAGUCUAUCUAAAAUAUAAUCAAUAUGCUACUCACUGCUCAUUAACUAGGAAACUGCUUUGCCUAAUGUUAUUUUUACCAUUUUGUAGUAAAAUGAAAAAAUGUAAAACACAAUGAGUUGUUAACUAAAAUUACUUAAAUGAAUUUGUUUUAGAUGUUCAUAAAUUGGAAAUGCACAGAGUUUGCAACCCUAUGUCAGCCCCCUAAACUUUAAAAAAGGUAGUUUAUUUGUCUUUGAAAUCUUAGUGUGAUAACCGGAAUGUAGACAUCUACAGUCUGCUUCAGAUUUCAACUCUUGGAAUCAUUUUAUGUUGCCUGCUUUUUAGCUAUUUUAUUUUGCCUAUAUCUUUUCAUCAGCUCUCACCCAUAUCUUAAAAACUUCAGCACCUUUUCAUCAGUAGAACUAACUUCAAAAGAAUAUUCAUUAUAGCAAACAAGAUCAAGCAGAAAAGAAUCAGGCAAAAUUAUUUUUAGAAUAUGUAACUAGCAAUUCUAAAAAGAAUUGAUAAGCUAUUUUUAGAGCCACUGAGAUGGUUAAAUAUAUGCAAAGUUUUUUCUAAUGAAGAAAGAGUUCACAGAGGCUACCACAUAGACAGUAGGUUUUGUGCCCUCUCCUUGACUCUGGGCUGUUUUGCACCAGGAUCUCUUCCAUCAGCUCCUAUUCAUUCCUCACUUCUUUAACCUUGUACACUAAACAAGACACUGGGAGUGUAGGGAACAGAUGUGGUUGCAUGCCACUUCUUUCAUUUUUGAGACAUAUAUUUUCUCAGAAACCAUGCUACUGGGUGGGCAGUCACCUCCAGUGAAAUCAGCCUUUUGUAUUUUCACCUCCAGACCAAUUGUACCUGCUUGGAACCACCAUAUCUUAAUCAGGGAUAUUUUUUGGAUGGACAAGCUAUUAUUUAAUUCUGGGGAAACUAGCAAAUAGCAAUAGCUCUCAUGUCAACGUACAGUCUGAUCAGAGUCUUGUUCUAACAGCUUUUUUUUCAUCUUUUAACAGCUUUAUUGAAAAAGAAUAGGAAACCGUUACCAAAAUCAAGAUAAUGGAUGUAUCCGUUUUCCCAAAAGUUUCCUUGUGAUCCUUGGUAACCUCUCCCUUACUCCUCCUCUCUUUUCCAUUCUCUGGGAAACCACUGAUCCUACAUUGAGUGUAUUUCCUAGAAUUUUUAAAAUUGAAAUAUCACUGAUACACAAUCUUAAUGUUGGUUUCCAAUAUACGACACAGUGGUUCAACAGUUACCCAUAAUUUUAAAUCCUCACCCCCUCUAG